AAGGCGGCAAAGGCUUUCAUCUCGGGACUAACUCAGAUGCCUCCCCCCCUCCUCUCCUUACCCGAGUGAAAACGUCUCCCAGUCUCUCGUGCGGGACUACACGCAAGGAGGACGCGGACACGGACGCACACGGCGGAAACAUCUUCUUUCCUCUUUCGCUGCUUCUACUAAUUCCACAUCAGCAAAAACAGGAUUAUUAUUCUCAAUCGCCUUGUUUUGAUCGGUUUUAACCCUUAUUGGCGGUUUCCUUCAUGCAUCUGAGCGAAGCCUCGCUGUCCACUUGGCUGACCAUUGGGACAUGAGCACGUCGCCCUCGGCGUCUGUCCUGACGAAUCUCGGUGAGUUGAGCGCAGCCUGGGAGCAAGCCAGUCGUCGGGGAAGCAGCGGUAACGACGAGCCGGCCUCUUCUCUCUUCAUCCACAAGCAGCAGCAGCCGAGGCAGAAGCAACAACACUCGGCGCCGCCGUCAGACCCGCUACGGCAAGCCAAGCGACUCCCGGUGAAGGUUUUGAAAAUGCUCACCGCACGCUCGGGACACAUUUUGCACCCGGAGUAUCUGCAGCCUUUGCCCUCCACUCCCGUAAGCCCCAUCGAGCUGGAUGCCAAGAAGAGUCCCCUGGCUCUUCUGGCGCAGACGUGCUCCCAGAUCGGCAAGCCGGACCCGCCGCCCUCCUCCAAGCUCUCCUCGGUCGCCUCCAAUGGAUCUAGUGACAAGGAUUCUAAAUGCGGCCCGUUGAAGAUGAGCGACAUCGGCGCGGACGACAAGUCCAGCUUCAAGCCCUACUCCAAGCCGUCCGACAAGAAGGACUCGUCGGGCAGCGGCGGCGGAGGCGGCGGCGCGGACAAGUCUGGUUUCCGAGUGCCGAGCGCCACCUGUCAGCCGUUCACGCCGCGCACAGGCAGCCCCAACUCGAGCUCCUCCGCCUCCCCCAUGCCGGCGGAGGGCAAGUGCGGGGAGCGGGACGACAAGAAGGAGUCGGACUGCGGGAAAAGCGGCGCGGACGGCAGCUCGGCCACGUCAAGCCACAGCCGGAUAAGCGUGAGUUGCGGUGGGAUUAACGUGGAGGUUAACCAGCACCAGGAGACCACGCACGGCCCCAAGACUUCCACUUCCUCCUCGGCGUCUGAGUCCUCCCCGGUCACGUCCGUGUCCUCGGCGUCGGUGCUCGGCUCGGGGCUGGUGGCGCCCGUGUCUCCUUACAAGCCGGGCCAGACCGUGUUCCCGCUGCCCCCGGCUGGCAUGACGUAUCCGGGCGGCUUGGCCGGGGCCUACGCGGGCUACCCUCAGCACUUCAUGCCGCACGGGGGCAGCCUGGUGAACGCGCAGCUGGCCAGCUCGCUGGGUUGCAGCAAGGCCGGCUCCAGCCCUCUGGCCGGAGCCUCCCCGCCCUCUAUCAUGUCGGCCAGCCUGUGCAGAGACCCUUACUGCCUCAGCUACCACUGUGCCAGCCACUUGGCGGGCGCGGCCGGGGCGUCGUGUACGCACGACUCUGCGGCGGCUGCUGCUGCCGCGGCCAACGCGCUCAAGUCCAGCUACCCACUCAUGUACCCUACGCACCCCAUCCACGGAGUGCACUCGUCGGCCCCUUCGUUCAGCGGACACCCCCUGUACCCGUACGGUUUUAUGCUCCCCAACGACCCCCUGCCUCACGUGUGCAACUGGGUGUCGGCCAACGGACCGUGCGACAAGCGUUUCUCCACCUCGGAGGAGCUGCUCAACCACCUGAGGACACACACCGCUUUCACCGGAGCCGAAAAGCUCAUCUCCGGUUACCCGAGCUCCUCCUCUCUGGCCAGCGCGGCUGCUGCAGCCAUGGCCUGUCACAUGCACAUGCCGCCGUCUGGGGCCCCCGGCAGCCCCGGGACUUUGGCUCUGAGAAGCCCCCACCACGCAUUGGGACUCAGUAGCCGCUACCACCCGUACUCGAAGAGCCCGCUGCCCACCCCCGGAGCCCCCGUCCCUGUCCCCGCGGCCACCGGCCCGUACUACUCCCCUUACGCACUGUACGGCCAGAGACUCACGACAGCAUCCGCGCUUGGAUAUCAGUGAGCAGGGGAGAUUAAAAAAAAAAAAAAAAGACUGCAAAGUUUAUAAUACAAAGAAUGCAACUAUAAAGACUUUUAUAUGAACAUAUGGGCGGGAUCCGUGGACUUCAAACUGUAUUUAUUUAUACGUCUGCUUAAAAAAAAGCAGGCUGCAAAAUGGAACAUAUUUGAGCAAGUCAAGAAGUGCAUUAUGUGGAAACAUAAGUUUAGAGCUAAAGUGGAUCAGCGGAGCACACGCCGUUAGAACUAAUUCAAAGUAGGCUUCCUCAUUUCGAUGUUCAUUUCAAAAUUGCUAUGAUUGUAUUUGUUCUUAUUUAAAAGGAAAAAAAAACAAAAUGUCUCAACGAGAAAAGAAAAAUAAUUUACAUGCAUGUUUUUUUUGUUUGUUUUGUUUCUUAAAAUUCAGAAAUCGUCCACAUUUGAAAUUGCCGUUAUUUUUCAGGUGUUUACCAUGGGAAGAGAAUUGGUAUUUUUUUGUAUGUAUUCUUGGGGGAAUAAGAAACAAUUCUGUUACAUA